AUGGCGUCCAUCGAAAAAUCACCACUUAUCUUCGGUGGAGAUCAGUCGAUCCCGCCAGGAGAACCGAUGUCGAUGGGGCAGCACAUGCUGGACAGGGGCGCACAGAUGUUGCAGUCUUUGAAGCCAAUAAAGAAGAUGAGCCAGCAUGUUUACACCUUCGCUAUAUAUAGCCAUGACAUAUCUCGCCAGAUAGAAACCCACCACUAUAUCUCCAAGAUCAACCGGGAUUUCCUUCAGUGUGCUGUUUAUGAUACUGAUGACUCUAAUGGAGUGGAGUAUAUAGUGUCAGAUGAGAUCUUCAAAAGCUUGCCACCUGAAGAGCAGAAACUCUGGCACUCUCAUGCUAAUGAGGUUCAACCCUUUCUCUCCUUCUUCUUGAUGGUUGCUAAGUUCAAAACAAGUUACCGUUUCAAGAAAUGGGAUGUCAAAUCAAGACUCUUAGUUCAUCCCAAGGUUUCAGAAAUGUUGGUGAAAUCAGAACUCGAAAAUUUGGCCAAGACCUAUGGAAAGUUUUGGUGCACAUGGCAGACUGAUAGAGGUGAUAGGCUUCCACUUGGCACACCUGCACUGAUGAUGUCUCCACAAGAUGCGAAGUUGGGCAUGAUAUCCCCGAAGCUCGUUGAGAAAAGGGGUGUAAAGUUCAAUAUACUGACAGAUGCUACAAAGGAAUCAAGGGUUGAGAUUGCAGAGCCAGAAUCUAUAAAUCCUCAGGCUGACUACUGGAAACAGCAUAGGAAAGCUUCAACUGCUGCAUUUGCUAAUGCUUUAUACUUGACUUCAAUUGAGGAUUUGGAAAUAGAUUUUUGA